CCAAGAGUUCUAACCACAUAACAGAGAAAGACAUUUCUAGAGAGAGAAAGAGAGAGUGCUGGAGAGAGAGAGAGGAGGAGGAUUAGAAACAGAGAGCUAGAGAGGGGAGAAUUAGAAACAAGAGAGCUAGAGAGUUACUCAAGCCACCCACCGUUGAAUGGCAAACCGUGUAAUCCCAGCAGCAUCAAAACUCCUGAAAACUAUCGGGCCGCUUAACUCCGCCUCCUCCACCACCAUCUCUGCCAUCUCCCAGCCAAUUGGCCACGCCGAAAAGGCACCACACCCCACUACCACCACCACCAACGCCGACAGCGUGACCCUCAGCCUUUCCAGCUUUGAUGACGCGGACAAGCUCUUUGCGUCGGUCUCCACGUCGCGGCUGUUGAGGGCGGCGCUGAACCUCCACAUGGUGGCGGUGGAGCCGAUGGUGGAUGUUGGGAUGUGGGUCAUGCGUUCUAGGCUCAUGCAGACUCCGUUGAUCAAAGACGUGAUCUUGGGGUUGAUACGGUCAACGAUUUAUGACCAAUUUUGCGCCGGCGAGGACGCUGUCGCCGCCGGAAAGUCGGUGAUGGAGCUGAACGAGGCGGGGCUGAGAGGGAUGCUGGUUUACUCUUUGGAGUACGCCGGCGACAACGAGGCUUGUGACAGGAACUUGCAAGGGUUCUUGGACACCGCUGAAUCCACCAAAUCCCUGCCACCUUCUUCGGUGAGCUUUAUCAUUGUGAAAAUCACUGCAAUUUGCCCUACGAACCUGCUUAAGCGAGCGAGUGACUUGCUGAGAUGGCAACAUCAAGAUCCUUCUUUCAAUCUUCCAUGGAAGCGCGAUACGUUUCCCAUUUUCUCCCAAUCGAGCCCUCUCUACCAUACGCUCGAAAAGCCGGAGCAUUUGACUCCGGAAGAAGAGCGCGAUCUCGAGUUAGUCCACCAGAGACUACUAAAACUGUCCCAAAAGUGCGCAGAAGCCAAUGUGCCUCUAUCCGUCGAUGCCGAGUACACUUCAAUUCAACCAGCCAUCGAUUACUUGACCUACUCCUCUGCAAUCAUCUACAACAAAGAUGAUCACCCGAUUGUUUAUGGGACGCUUCAAGCUUACUUGAAAGAUGCAAAGGAAAGAUUGUUGCUGGCAACAAAGGCAGCAGAUAAGAUGGGUGUUCCAAUGGGGUUCAAAGUGGUGAGGGGUGCUUAUAUGUCAAGUGAAGGAAAAUUAGCUUCUUCCUUGGGCUGUAAGUCUCCUAUCCACGAUUGCAUUGAGGAUACGCACGCGUGUUACAAUGAUUGUGCUUCGUUCAUGCUCGAAAGGAUUGGCAAUGGCUCUGACGCAGUGGUUCUUGCAACCCAUAAUAUGGAAUCAGGGAGACUGGCAAUGGCAAAAGCACAUGAAAUCGGGGUCGGGAAGGUGCACCGGAAGCUCGAAUUUGCACAGCUGUACGGAAUGUCAGAAUCGCUUUCCUUCCGCCUGAAAAAUUCAGGGUUUCAAGUGAGCAAGUACAUGCCAUUCGGACCGAUACAGUUGGUGCUGCCUUACCUGUUAAGGAGGGCUGAAGAGAACAGGGGACUCUUAUCUGCUUCCUCUCAUGACAGAAAACUCACAAGGAAGGAGCUGAUGAGGAGACUUGAAGCAGCAAUCAUCUAACGCGAAAGUAACGUCUUUGUGGAACAGCAAGCUUGGUGAUCCGUCACCAAUCUUGCAAAUAGGAUGAUCUGUAACACUGGUGGAUUGCUCGUAAGUUAGUCGAAUUAAAUGUGCAUAUAGGAAUUAGGAAGUUUGGUUUCUAUCUUCCUCGUUACAUUAGGUUGUUUUACUGGGGAACAGAUCCAUCUUUGCUUCCUAGGUCUACUUCCAUGGCAACCCACCGCAAGCGCCGCCGCCCUAUCGACUGUGUUUCAAAUCGUGUUGCUUCCUUCAGCAGAAGGAAUAUGAAUAAAAUGUUAAUGUUGCUUCAAA